CCUGACCAGUAUCUAGGCUAGAUUUAGUUCAGAGGCAUAAAGGAGACAACCAAAAUAGCUCAUCGAGGCCCAAAUUUAUUUAUCUUGGGCCCCGGGAAUCGGGCUUUUUUCGAAGAUGGCAGGCGAAUCAGACAAAUAAGGGCUUUGGGGAUGCACUCGCUGGACAGAUUUCCACGUAUUGUUGAAUUCCCUCCACACCGCAGAGACUGACAGCAUCAGCAGCCAGGAGCGGAGUCCUGCUGUCCCGUGGAUUCAUCACGGCACCGAGGCGAAAUACGCGCGGAAUAUGGCUGCUAUGAGGACUUUAACCGUGGCAGGUCUGUUUUUGGCGUUUUGCGCCUUGGGACUGAUAACCGUGGCGAUCAGCACUGACAACUGGUACGAGACUGAUGCAAGGCGGCACCGGGAGCGCUGCAAGAAUUACUCCAACAAAAGAAACGACCCCGGGUAUAUUUACAUCUCCAACCACAACCUCCCGCUUCGGAUGCUGCCGAAGGAGAAAAAUGUGGAGAGGAAGGGUUCGGCUGUCAGCGGGGAUGUACUGCUGCGGGCCAAGAGGCACUUCUUGCCUCCCGCGCCGGCCAUGGAGUCGCUCUGCAAUCGGCAUUUCAACUCCACCAUCACAGGACUGUGGAGAAAGUGCCACAGAGAAGGAUUUGACCUGGAAACGGAGGAUUUGAUCUUUAAAGGAUUGGUUCCGCGCUGCACACCAAUAAAAUACUACUACUCUUCCUCGGCGCUCCCCAGGAAUCUGCCAAUCAACCUGACGAAGACCAUCAGGCAGGAUGAGUGGCAUGCGCUCCACCUCCAAAGGAUGACCGCCAGCUUCAUAGGCAUGGCCGUGUCCAUCAUCCUGUUCGGCUGGAUCAUAGGCUUGCUGGGCUGCUGUCAGGAGCAUGAUCUGAUGCAGUAUGUUGCUGGACUUCUCUUUCUCAUGGGAGGGACCUGCUGCAUAAUCUCCCUCUGCACCUGCGUGGCCGGAAUCAACUUUGAGCUGUCCCGUUAUCCUCGCUCCAUGUUCGGGAUACCGGAGGACAUCAGCCACGGGUACGGAUGGUCAAUGUUUUGCGCGUGGGGCGGGCUGGGCCUCACUUUGCUGGCGGGGUUCCUGUGCACGCUCGCCCCGUCCCUCUACCCGCCACACACCCCCGUGGUGCACAAGCCCAGACAGGAGAACGGCUGUGUGUGACAGACGCAGUUAAUGGACAUCUGUUUCCUCCUGAAACGGUGACAAGCCCUGUUCCAGAGAGGAAGAGAGCGAGAGAGAGAGAGAGGAGCAGAAAAGAGAUCCUUUACACAUCUUGGCACAGAGAAAGCACAGGAAUCUGACUCCCACUCACUUAAACAUGAUAAAGAGGUGGCAUUUGACUGAAUUUCAGUUCCUCUGGUGCUUUUUAAGAUGUCCCUCUUUCAGAAUAAACUGUUGAGUGUCAUUGCUUGCUCUCCAAGAGGAGAACAUGAUCAUUUUCUUCCUGUAAUAUUUGCUAAUUUGAGAAGAAAAAAAGAGAAAAAGAAACCCUGGCAGAAGAUUAAUAGCACAACUUUGAAAUAAACUGUAUUGAUGAUAAAAUGAUGGAUGUGUAUCAUCACAUUUCAAAGGGCAACUGUGUAUCAUUAUGUACCCAUUCGAAACAAAAUAUGUACAUGUACUUUUUGAAUUGUAUGUAUGCAGAUGCAUUUGUGUUUAAUCAAGGAAAAAAAAUAUGAGCAUUCAGACCAAACUGUGUUUAAGGGGAAAUGUUUUGUUGUUGUUGAGGUCUUACACUCAUCGAGAUAUUUUUGAAGAAUAAAAGAGCCAUGCAAAAGAAUGGUUUCCUGCGUGGAGCACUAUUCAGACGUCGUAUAAAUGUUUUCGUGGCCAUCAGGGUUUGCUGGUGCGUCAGUGGGCAGAUAGCCCCGCCAGAAGAAUCAAAGCUUUUUACAAGGUUUUACAACCGUAGCUGAUGCACUGCUGCAUGUGUAACCAGGAGCUGUUUGCAGGCCUCGGUUUUAUGCAACCACUUCUGUAGAAAUGUCAGAAUGUCAGUGGGCAAAAUGUGAGUCAGUGACCAAAACUGACAGAAAUAGAAACAUCCAUAUAAAACAGAAAUAAAGAGUGAUGUCAUGUUCUGCUCUGAAUUAGAGCGAAAUAAAAUCCCCAUUUACAUACAUCAGUGACACAUGCAGACUGAUCCAGAGAUCCUACCAAGCAAGUGUGUGUUAUGAGGAGUACUCAGAAAAGUGGUUGAAAUAAGAUCUACACGUUAGCUGACCAGUUUUAUUUCAUAGGGGUUUUUUAUAUUUAGCUUUUUACUUUACCUAUUUUUUUAUUUUAUUUUUUUAAGCUUGAUUUCAACACAGGCGGUGGUUUGGUGGUUGGAACUUCCUCUUCACAGCUGGAAGGUUGCUAGUUUGAAUCCCAGAUGGGGCUUUUUGUGUGGCGUUUGCAUGUUCUGCCUGUGUUUGCGUGGGUUUUUCCACAGAUGUUCUGGUUUCCACUCACAGCCCAUAAACAAGCAUGAAGGGUUACCUGGUGGUUGUACUGAUGCUUGGAGCGUGUGAGUGGGUGUGUGGCCCCCUACGAUGGACUGGUGAGGUGUCCAGGGUUAAACUCUGCUGGGACAGGCUCCAGCAGACUCCCAUGACCCUGCACACCGAACAAGCCAGUCAUGGAUGGAUGGAUGAUUCACACACCGCCUUCACUCAUAUCCCGGAGAUCCUCUGAUCAUUUGUACUGUAGGGUGUUACUCAGAAGUCAUGAUCUCCAGAGUUGUUAACUUUUGAAAUAAAAUAUUUCUUAGCUAAAAUAAAAUUCCGCACUAACUGGUGGUUUUUGCAAGUUUACUUUGUGAAGUUGGUCCAAACUCAACCAUUUCUCUUCAUUUCCGAGCUCAGUGCGGUGGUAUCUCACCAUCGUGAAUUACUUUAGUUAUUCAGCUAUGUGUUUUUGAUAUGCUGUAUUUUCAAUGUCUUUGUGUUUGUUUUGCAUAAUUAGUUCAGUCUUAUUGUUUCAAUCUAUUUGAGUUGCAGCUAUGUGCUUUUAUUUUGAAAGGUGGUGGGAAAUUUGGGCACAGCUGAUGUUUAAUUGAUUAGAGGACAGUUGGAAGUCAGUGGGCACCGGGGAAGGUGUGUGGUUUUUACCAGUGGGCACCGGGGAAGGUGUGUGGUUUUUACAAGCUUCAGACAGCUUCAGUAUCAGACUGAGGACAGAAUUAAGAGCCAUAAUUUCAACAUCUUGCUG